AUGGAGCGCCUUUCGGUUGACUAUGGCAAGAAAGCGAAACUUGAAUUCAGCGUCUAUCCAGCCCCCCAGGUUUCAACAGCAGUGGUUGAGCCAUACAAUUCGAUUUUGACAACGCAUACGACCUUGGAACAUUCGGACUGCUCAUUCAUGGUCGACAAUGAAGCAAUUUAUGAUAUUUGCCGCCGAAAUCUCGAUAUCGAGCGCCCAUCAUACACCAACCUGAACCGUCUUAUUGGGCAGAUUGUUUCAUCGAUCACCGCCUCACUUCGCUUUGAUGGCGCUUUGAACGUCGAUCUCACCGAAUUCCAGGUUAGCUUCCGCUCGGUCUGCACAAUGGUAAAGUAG